CUUCCGGUUAAUAAAUAAGCUAGGGAAAAAAAGUUUUCAGUGACUAAAAUCGUUAUCAAAGUUUAUCAAAUCUUUGACACACAUUCAAGGUGUACUUUAUAUACAGAAGGGGUAAUAAUGGCUCAGACUAACGCAAGUAAAAAGUUGAUCAAUACUGUGGAGAGGUGUGUUGACGAAUGUUUGGAAGGGCUGGUUGCUGUGAAUCCCGGUUUGCGUCUGCUGGAAGGGCACCGAGUGGUGGUGAGAUCCGAUAUUGAGGAAUUUGUAAAAUCUGGAAAAGUGACUUUAGUUUGUGGUGGUGGGUCGGGUCACGAACCCGCUCAUGCAGGGUAUGUUGGACCGGGAAUGUUGUCGGCUGCUGUUGCUGGAGCCGUGUUCACUUCACCCCCACCCCACAGUAUUCUAGCUGCCAUACGAACUGUAGGAAAAAACAAUCAAGCUGGAGUGCUGGUAAUUAUCAAGAAUUAUACCGGAGAUAGACUUAACUUUGGUUUGGCUGUAGAGCGAGCGAAAGCUGAAGGUAUAAAAGUUGAUAUGGUUGUUGUUGGUGAAGAUUGUGCUCUCACUUCCACGGAUAAAACAGCUGGAAGACGAGGACUGUGUGGAACAGUUUUUAUACAUAAGAUAGCAGGUAGUUUAGCUGAAGAAGGUCGAAGUUUAGAAGAAAUUGCUGUGAUAGUGAAAGAUGCUGUUGAUAGUAUGGGAACAAUUGGUUUAAGUCUGGCACCAUGCAGUGUUCCUGGUUCCGGUCCGUCGUUUAAACUAGAACAGGAUGAAAUGGAACUUGGAUUAGGUAUCCAUGGUGAAGCAGGAGUAAAGAGAUUGAAGCUAACUAACGUACAGACGGCUAUAUCCACCAUGUUGGAUCACAUGACUAACCAGGCAACUAAAACACAUCUGGAACUAGCGAAAGGUGAUGCUGUAGGUGUAAUAGUCAAUAAUCUAGGAGGGACGUCCAUUUUGGAAUUAAAUAUUGCAGCUAAAGAAGCCAUUUCAUAUUUAGAAAAUAAAGGAUUAACUGUAGACAGGGUAUACUGUGGUAGUUUCAUGACAGCGUUAGAAAUGGCUGGAAUUUCUCUAACAGUUUUAAAACUUAAUGAAGUUUUACGUGAUUGUUUGGAUUCACCGACAGUAGCUCCAGGUUGGAGUAAACCAAUGUUACCUAAAGGUCAAAGGUUACGAGCCACACCCAUUCCUUUAAAAACUACCGAGUCUAGCCAUGGAGAUAAAAUCGAUGUAUCGGUGGAAGAAACGGUAGAUAAAGAUUAUGGUAAUCUGCUGUUUGAUAUAAUACAGAAUGUAUGUAAGAGUUUAAUAUCAUCUGAGAACAGAUUAAAUAUGUUAGAUACCCAGGCUGGGGACGGAGAUUGUGGUACAACUGUUACUAGAGGAGCUCAAGCUAUAUUAAAAAAGUUAGGUGAUAAGAGUAGUCCUGGACUUCCAGUAACUAAUCCGUACAGUUUAACGCUGGCCCUGGCUACGAUUGUCGAGACUGAUAUGGGUGGAUCAUCUGGAGCAUUGUAUAGUUUAUUUCUAACCUCAGCAGCUCUGUGUUUACAGUCUAAAAUAUCCUCAUCGUCAUGGAUACAAGCGUUAAAUAACGGUAUAACCGCCAUACAGAGAUAUGGUGGAGCAGAGCCAGGAGACAGGACAAUGCUUGAUGCCUUAUAUGGUGCUAGUGAAGUUUUAAAUGAUAAAAAUCGAAGCAGUUUAUCGAAUGUAGAAUUGUUAAGACAAGCUGUUCAGGCUGCUGAGAAAGGAGCAGAAGAUACAGCCAAGAUGGCAGCUAAAGCAGGACGAGCAAGUUACGUUAAUCCUGAUAAUUUGACGCAACCUGAUCCUGGUGCUACAGCUGUAGCCGUCUGGUUUAAGGCUAUUCUAGAUCAGCUGGUCUGAUAUAUUCCACGUCUGACCAUUACCAUAUAUAAAACAGUAUUAUUGGUAUAUGUUUCUCGAAGAAUUUAUAAUUCUGUUAUGAUUAGACGGCAAUUUAUUGACAGAAAAACUGAUUAUUUCGACCAAGGCUGUAGAUCUUGGUCUUUAUCUACUUUUUACAUGUUGAUGCUAAAUACUUCUCUAAAUUCCAGAAGUAUGCUUAAUGUUUUUUUCGGCUAAAAUCGUUGAUUUGUUAAUUAAAAUGUCGGUCAACCAGCUCUUCUCACCCGUAACUAAUUGUAGACAGAAAGUGUCGGGGUAAAAUGGAGCAUGUCCAUCAUAAUUAGGACGUUAAAUUUCAUUUUAUUAGAAUAAAAUAUAUAACACCUGUAACCACCCCAGUUCUUUAGUAUACAACAUAAUAUAAUCUUUAAUCCGUGGUCUUUAUCCUUGUCAACUUCUACCUUAAUCCGUUGUCUAGACUCUGGUCAGUAUCAACUUAUAUUUUAAUCCAGUGAUUCUCAACGAGUGUACCGUGAGAUCUUCGUAAAACGUCUGCAAAAUUUUGAACUGCACACUAAGAAAAUGUUAAAAAAAGCCAUGUGAUCCCAAUUGAGUAUUCACUGGUGUCUACUGAUAAGUUCAUGGCUGUGUUUUUCUUUAUUUAGUUUGAGUCAUUCUGUGUGUCUAUGACUAGUCUCUGAUUAUGGUUGUAUGCCGUCUAUGACUUGACAUGUUUUUAUUUUGCAAAUUCAAAUAGAUUUCAUAUACAUUUAGCCAGGUGUGCCGCUAUUUUGUCGUGUUCCAAGGUGUGCCGUUAGCAAAAAAAACGUCUGCUUUAAUCAGUGGUCUAGACCCUAGUCCCUGUCAACUUAUACUUUUGUUGAUUUAACAAAUUUAAGGAAAUAUUACAGUUUUUAUUUUUGUUAUUUUUGUUAAAUUUAAUAAUUUAUUGAUUGUCAACUGAAUUUAAUAAAAGAUAUAUAUAUAUAUA